UGCUCCGGCUGUCCCCACUUCUUCGUUCCGCCCGACUUUUCCUCCCACAUGAAGCGAAGCUGGCGCCGCUUCCAGCCUGGGACCCGACAUUUCGACGUAGUUGUCUUGAAUGCCGACUAUACCCACAUUGCUCUGCCCCCGUUCUACACGCAAUUGCAGCGCGCGCGAUACUCCAUCUGGAUUUGAUUGAAGUAACUUGCUGCUAGUGAUUUCUUGCGUGGGAUUAGUACCGUCGCUCUUACAAGGAUCUGUUAAAACUUCGGGUUGUACCCAUCUCGAGUUCUUUCAUCGUCGACGGUGGAACAGCGCCGCGCUGGAUUAUGUGAUUUCAGAAUUCAUUUUGCAACCAAGGUCCGGCUUACGUCGAUGCCACAGUGAUGAAUUCUACUAUUUGGAACGACUGAUCGGUGUCCGUUGUCGAUUUCAAUUGCUGCUGAUCGUUGUGUGCAAUAAGGGCAGUGUUAUGUGUAGCUCCUGUUCUCCAAUCUAUACAUUGACGGCUGCUAGUGAACUAGGCAUUGACAUCAUCUUCAUGUUCCAAGGACAGGUUACAUGAAUAGAGGUAUGUCAUGAGACUCCUUAGUGUUUAUUAAUGAGACAUUCAAAAAAACGUCACCCUAGCUUCUCAAUGGAGAUUAUGGCUGGGUUUUUGGUGCAGUGUUCUAACUCGUGGAGUGGUGUUAAUCUUGGAAUCACUUGUCAGCGCUUGUGUGUUGAGGUUGCUAGACCCAAAGUCUAGUUCAUUGUCUGUUUGCGUUGAUUUAGGGAUCGUUAAAUUUUGGAUAGAAUAAUUUUUAUGGAGGCUACUCUGAAUUGAAUUUGAGGAACUACCAUUGAUCUGGCGCUGUGUCAAGAAAUUGGAAUGUGAAGAACUCCGAGGUAACGUGACAGGAAAUUCUCUUAGCUAAGUCUAGAACCAUUUCAGGACUACCUGUACGGGUGCGUACAUGCCUUCGCCACAUGUAUCCACGAACUAAUUUUCUGGAGCUAGAUUCUGGCAAGCAUUUAAUUCAAUUGAUGUUGUUUCGUAGACUCAGACUAGAACUUCAAUGGUACAGCUGAGAUUUUGCUGCGUGAGUUCCAAUUGCGAUCCAUGGCCUAUUUACUGAUUGAUGCUCAUUAGUCCUUCGGUGAUGCGGCUUCUAUAUGAUGCUGCUGGAAAUGUCAGUUUCUGCAUGAAUUUUUCCUGGUCUAAAAAGCUAGGAAGAUAAUCAUGUCGGAGUAGCUAGUAAGAAUUUGUGUUGGGUGCAAGGCCUAUCAUGAUGUCCGGCCGGUGGUCUGUAAUAUGAUUUGCAAUCGCUGAUAGAAUACUACCAUCAAUUCAGUUUAAGCAUUGAAAGAGCCAAAUUUUAUGAUGUUGCAGAUUGUUUAUGCUCCAAAAAUUACAUGCCGAAUCAUUACGAGUGCUUUGAUCCGCUGGAAGAAUUGAAGCUUUCCCUUGUAUUUUGAAUUUUGUUGUUUCAGGAUAUUAUUUAGGACUUCAUGAGCUAUAUGGUAUCUCUUGGAAAGAAAGCCAUUUACAUCCAAGUACAACUGGAUUUGCUGGAGUUUUGAAAUUAUCGCAAUUAUCUGAGUAAAUCAGACGUUGAAAGAUGGAAAGUUUGAAAGGUGGUGACAAUCUUUCCAAACGUAAGAUAAUCGUGGGACUUGAUUUUGGUACCACGUUUUCUGGGUUUGCCCACGCACAUACUGACGAUCCAGAGAAAGUUUACGCGAAUUAUGUGUAUCCAGGAGGAGUAAGUAACACAUACCCUAAAACCCUGACAUCAAGCUUUUACGUAAAACAGGGCGAGACCGGAGUUAAGUGGCAGUUCGAAAACUGGGGAUAUGGUGCUCGUGAAGCGAAUUCCCGAAAUAAUCGCAACCGAAAAGCUAAGGUACCAGCAGUAUAUCUUACAAAAUUUAAGCUGCACCUAGCAAGCAAAGGUUUCGGGGCACCAUCGGCAACACCACUUCCACAGGGGCUUACAGUGGAUGUAGUAAUUACCGAUUAUUUGCGCAGGAUAGGCGAGCUAAUUGUCAAUAUAAUUCGAGAUGGUUACAGUGGUGAACUGACCAAGAAGAAUAUCCAAUGGUGUGUGACUGUUCCAUCUAUUUGGAACAAUGAUGCCAAGGCAGUCAUGAAAUCCUGCAUGACGAAUGCUGGUUUGGUGGGUGGGGUCGAUGGAAGUCACCACCCGCUCAUCCUGGUAUUGGAACCAGAGGCUGCAUCCUUUCAUUGUUACAAGGUCAUGAAGGAACAGAUUCUCGAGGUUGGUGACAAGAUCUUGGUGGCAGACAUUGGGGGAGGAACCUCCGACAUUGUUGUGCAGGAGGUCGUUUCUGUCGGUGAAUGUUACAGAGUGAAGGAAUUGACGACCAGCUCCGGGGGCUUGUGUGGCGGUAGUUACGUGGAUUCUAAAUUUAUGGAGUUUCUACAUAGAAAGAUUGGACCCUGCUUGCAGAACUGCAUAGACAAGUAUCCCGAGGUUGAAGAGACGUUGAUCAAGAAUUGGGAAGUUAAAAAAACUGGAUUCGGCUUAUCAAGAGAAUCUAGCACUUUCGUCGGCCUUCCUUCCAAAUUGGCAACAGAGUGGGAGGAACAGGACGACAAAAAUGGUGAAUUUGGAAGGGAAUACGACGAAGUAGAGAUCACAGAUGAGGAGAUGCAAUCAAUUUUUGAUCCCAUAGUUGAUCAGAAUCUGGCUCUCAUCGCAGACCAAUUGGUUCAAGCGAAUGGAGUAAAGAUCAUUGUUGUGGUUGGAGGAUUUGCAGAAUCGAAAUAUCUCAUGGGCCGCAUUAAAGCUAGAUUUAAAGAGGAAGUGCCACACAUCAUCCACCCACCCAACCCUGCUAGUGCGGUAAGCCUUGGCGCUGUUGCAUUGGCAUUCAACCCUGGUACGAUCGUAUCUAGAGUAAGUAGAAAAACAUAUGGUUUUCACUGUUUGCGUAAUUUUGAAAAGGGAGUUGAUCCGCCCGAAUAUCUUGAACUUAUCGACGGAGUUUCGAAAUGCUAUAACCGUUUCAGUGUCUACGUCAGAAAGGGUGACAUUGUUUAUGUGGACGAUUGCAUCAGCAAAACCUUUUUCCCUGGAAUGCGUGGGCAGCAAAAGAUACAAUUACAACUUUUCAGCUCUGAUGAGAUUAAUCCAAGAUACACAGUAGGGGAGACAAUUAAGAAGGAAGGUGAAAUUGAAAUUGACAUAUCGUCGGACAUGAAAUUGGAUAAAAAACGUGAAGUGAAAGUGUCUCUCUUCUUUGGACGAUCUUCCAUAGAAAUUAAAGCAGAGGCUAUGAACUUUAUUAGUUCAGGACCUCAACAAUUGGAGCUUCCUGUUGUGAUUGGCUACAACCCAGAAAUACUUUUGGGGUUGCAGAGUGAUGGAGAUGCUGGGGUUAAUACAGACGACCUACUCUCAGCUGGAGUUGAUAAGAAAGCCGUCUACAACCUGUACAAGAUAAAGCCCAACCAAAUGGGUUUUUCCAUCGAUUCUAGAAACGGAUGUGAGUUCAUUGACGAUGAAGCACAGGUGAUUGAAGGGUUGAACCAAGUGGUGUCCCAGCUUGUUAACAUGAAAUUAACGAAGCAGAGGGAUUCUGCUGAACAAAUUGCGAAAGUUACGGAUGAGGUUCUCCCAGAACCUCAGGUGGUAGUCGGUCUGGAUUUCGGCACUAUGCACUCUGGGUUUGCCUACGCACAGUUCAACAAUCCUCAAAGGAUUUACACUCAUUGGGACUAUCCGAAUGCAGCACAUGAAGCUCCAUCGUGCAAAACCCUGACCAGUAACUACUAUAAAAGACAAUCUGGCGGGGAAGGUAGGUGGCAGCUUAUGGCUUGGGGUAACAGUGCUUAUGCAUUGUACGCACGAGAUACUCACCAGUCUAACCUUGUGAGUGAUACUCUAUCACACCCUACUAUCGGGAUGUAUGUAAGUAGAUUCAAGUUGCACCUGACUAGCAGAGCUACAGGGAGUUCGUCACUCGCUCCACCACUUCCACCAGGACUUACGCUGGAAGUAGUAAUUACAGAUUAUUUGCGUGAAAUGGGUGCACUAAUUCUUGAGACUUUGAAAAAACAUUACGGAGAUGAAUUCACCAAGAAGAUGAUCCAAUGGUGCGUGACUGUUCCAUCUACUUGGGAUAAUGCCACCAUUGUUCUAAUGAAAUAUUGCUUGACAGCUGCCGGUUUAGUGAAUGGGGUUGAUGGUAGUCCUCACCCGUUCGUUGUGGUUCUGGAACCCGAGGCUAUCUCCUUCAGUUGUCACAACGUCGUUUUAGAAGACAAAAACCUUGAGGCUGGUGACAAGAUCUUGGUCGUUGAUAUAAUCGAGGGAACCACUGAUGUUGUGGUGCAGGAGGUUGAUUCCAUGGAGUUUGUUGCUCUUGAUCAGAGCAAAAGAGAUAAGUCUAUGGAUGAUGUAUUCCGAGUGAAAGAAGUGACGAGUCAUUCGGAGCCUUUAUGCUUCUACUCAUACUUGAACGCUGGAUUCAUGGAGUUUCUGCACAAGGCUAUUGGACCCUGCUUGGGUGUGUGCUUAAACCACCAUCCUAAAAUUUUUGCCCAGUUGACUAGAUUACUUGAGCCGUUGAUGUCUACCUUCGGUGACUGGACUACAGAUGGAGAUAGCACAGAAAUUUCUCUCCCAAAAAUAUUAUUGAAAGAAUGGGAGCGCUACGACAAGAGGGAGGGUAAGUUUGCAAGGGAGUCUUACGACGAGUUAGAGAUCUCGUACGAGGAGAUGCAAUCCAUUUUCGAUCCAGUGGUAGAGCAGCUUGUAGGACUCAUCGCCGAACAAUUGGAAGUAGUGGGUGGUUUCAAGGUUCUAGUCUUGAGUGGCAGGCUUGCAGAAGUGCCAUACGUCAUGGAAUACAUUAGAAGAAUCUUCGGGGGUCAUAUACCACAGAUAAUUUCCCCCAGUAACCCUGACAGUGCUGUAUGUCAGGGUGCAGUGGCAAUGGUUCUUAACCGUGGCAGUGCAGGUAUGUCAAAAACAUGUAGAAAGACGUAUGGUUUCAAAGGCAUGAAAUUCUUUGAGAGAGGGGUCGACCCUGAUGAGUACCUCCUGGAGAUCAACGGAGUGGACAAGUGUGCCAACCAUUUUCAAGUCUUUGUGAAGAAGGGUGAAACAGUGACCGUGGAUUCUAGUAUUAGCAAAAUUUGUAUGCCAACACAGUCUGGUCAGAAGAAGAUGAAGGUUGAACUUGUGAGCUCCGACAAACUAGACCCCAGGUACACCAUAGGAGAGACAGUUAGACUAGAAGGUGAGAUUGAGCUUGACAUAUCAGAGGACAUGAAGUUGGACCAACACCGAGCAGUGAAACUCACUGUCUACUUCCGGAAGUCGUCUUUGGAAGUCGUAGCAGAGGCUGUGAACUUUGUGAGCUCAUCCAGCCCUCAGCACUUGCAUCUUCCAGCUGAGGUUAUGGGCUAUUACUGAGCAAAUUCUUCUUAUUCGAGGAAAUUAAUGUAUCAAAUUUGUUUUUGUCACCGAAAUUGGCCAUGA